AUGAGGGGAAAAGAAACUAAGUUGGAAUGUGAGUACUGUAGUCCGGGAUUGGGGGACACACGUGUGAAUAUUUGCACAGUUUUUAUUUUAAUUAGUAAUUUUAUUUAGGUAAUUAGUCAGUAUUAAUUUUGCUGACAUUAGAUUAGAUAUAGGAUCUAGCGCCGCGAGCUACUGUAGUGGCUCCGGCUGGGCGAUAUAUACCUUAGCCCGCUGACCACCAAGUCAGUAAAGGUAACCCGAGUUGCCGGA